ACCGGGACUCCCGGAAGUGCCGGGGCUCAUAUAGGCCGCUGGAGCCGGCGCUUCCGGUCUCUUUGGGCCCGCCGACUGGAGCAACAUGACGAAGGGAACGUCAUCGUUUGGCAAACGGCGUAAUAAGACGCACACUCUGUGCCGUCGCUGUGGGUCAAAGGCCUACCAUCUCCAGAAGUCAACCUGUGGCAAGUGUGGCUACCCUGCCAAGCGCAAGAGAAAGUAUAACUGGAGUGCUAAGGCCAAAAGACGCAACACCACUGGCACUGGCCGGAUGAGACACCUGAAAAUUGUUUACCGCCGAUUCAGGAAUGGAUUCCGCGAGGGGACGACUCCGAAACCCAAACGAGCAGCUGUGGCGGCAUCCAGCUCGUCGUAAAGAUUCGACUGUUGGUUAAAAUAAAUGGUCCCGUUGGGAAAUCCCGUC